GAAAAUGGUAUGUGUAAAAGCGUAGGUCGGUAUUUUUUAUUAUUAAUUUAUUUUGGGGUUAAAAAUUAAUGGGUUAUGUAGAGAAGAAAACAAUUUAUUUUCAGAAUUCCGAAUUCAAUCUCUCAUCACCUCUUCCUCUCACUUUCCUGCCGUCGGAUUAUACUUCGUUAGAUCACUGACCGUAGAUCGAGGGUUUUAUCCAUAACUACCACCGUCGCCGCCGGCGGAGACGAUUUAACUGGAGUCGCCGAACAAGGAAGAUCCUCUGGACUUCGGAGACAGACAGCUCACUCACUUGGAUCUUGAAGUCACGUUCCUCGGAUCUUCGUUACGCUGAUUCCCUUCUUCUACAACCCUACACUUCCCCUCGAAAACGACCGCUUUAGGUUCUAGCGACAUGGUAGAGUUUUUGUUUUGGUUUUCACGUGAUUGGAGCUUUGUUUGGUUGCAAAGAAAUAGUCGGAGUCGAGCUAAAGAAAUGAACGGUUCUUUAAUUGUGUAGGCAGCGUAUUAUAAAAUACAGAAGAAGCCAUGACAUCUAAAGGUCCCAGGUCUAAACUUGAUCAUGAGUCAAGAGCUAAGCGCCAAAAGGCACUUGAAGCUUCAAGAGAACCCAGUCGACCUAAAACACAUUGGGAUCAUGUUUUAGAAGAAAUGGUUUGGCUAUCAAAGGACUUUGAGUCUGAGCGGAAAUGGAAAUUAGCUCAGGCAAAAAGGGUUGCUCUAAGAGCUAGCAAAGGCAUGGUAGAUCAAGCAACAAGGGAAGAAAGGAAGUUGAAGGAGGAGGAGCAACGAUUGAGAAAACUUGCUCUCAAUAUUUCAAAGGAUGUAAAGAAGUUCUGGAUGAAAAUAGAAAAGCUGGUGCUUUACAAACAUCAAAUUGAGCUUGACGAGAAAAAGAAAAAGGCUCUUGACAAACAUCUUGAGUUUCUUCUAGGGCAAACAGAAAGGUACUCGACAAUGCUGGCAGAAAAUCUUGUGGAAACUUAUAAACCAUCGCAGGUGAAUUCUACAAAUGAGCCACACAAUUUUCAUGUCCAAGAGAUUGACGAAAGCAAGGCUGUUGAACCUACAGAGUUAAAUGUUGAACACGAGUCAGAUUCUGUGGAGUUCGAUGAAGAAUUCGAUGUACACUCUGAAGAUGAAUCUGAAGAUAAUGAGCAGACCAUAGAUGAAGAUGAAGCUUUAAUAACUAAAGAAGAAAGGCAAGAAGAAUUGGAAGCUUUACAAAAUGAAGUGGAUCUUCCUCUUGAAGAGCUUCUUAAAAGAUAUAGUGGAGAGAAAGAUGAUUUAGAAGUUACCCCUGAAACAAGUACCGGCGGGGCAGAAGAGACAGAAGUAGAAGAUCAUGGAAAAGGGAAUGAGUGUUCUACGUCACGUAAGGUUCAUGAAAUUGGCUCACUUACUUUCACCGGUCGUCGUUGUAAUGAAAGCAAUGGGGAAUCAUCAAAGAUAGAAAACCGUACAAAGAGAGAGACUCGUGAAACAAAAAAUUUGUCCACGCUACCCAUGGCUUUUCCCAAGGACAAUGUAUUUUAUGAUUUUACUGAAGAACGUGAAGAUGGUGACUAUGAUUUUACUGGUGGAGAAGAUAAGGAUGAUGAAACAACUUUAUCUGAGGAGGAGAAACUGGACAAAGUGGAUUCAAAUAAUGGCAAGGAUGAGAUUUUAAUGCUACAGAAUGAGAGUGAAAUACCUAUAGAAGAACUGCUUGCAAGGUAUGGAAAGGAUCACUACAACGAUUACGAUUCAGAUUUUGACACUGAAGAUACUUCUGCUAGUUCAGACGACCUUACGGAUUCUCCAUCUCAUGAAGAAAUUGAGCCAAUGGGCCUUGAUGUCUCUGUGGACAAAAAUAUUGAGCCCGGUAAAUCUCAUUCUUCUGCAAGUUCACCUCCAGAGGGGAAAGGAUCCUUAAAAAGUUUUGAAGUAAGGGAGAAUAAGGAUGAAACUUUUGAUGCAGCAAGAUCUGUACAACCGCCUGGGAACACAUUCUCCACAACUACAGUGCGUUCAAAGUCUCCUGGCCUGGAUUCUCCAUCUCAUGAAGGAAUUGAGCCAGUGCGCCUUGAUUUCUGUGUGGACGAUAACAUUGACCCCAGUAAAUCUCACUCUGCAAGCUCACCUCCUGAAAUGAAAGGAUCCUUCGAAAAUUCUGGAGAAAGGGAGAGUGAGGACAGAAUUUUCGAUGCUGCAGCUGCAGCAAGAUCUGCACAACCAACUGGGAACACAUUCUCCACAACUAAAGUGCGAACAAAAUUCCCUUUCCUUCUUAAGCAUUCCUUGCGUGAAUAUCAACAUAUUGGCUUGGAUUGGCUUGUGACAAUGUAUGAGAAAAGACUAAAUGGGAUUCUUGCUGAUGAGAUGGGGCUUGGGAAGACAAUCAUGACCAUUGCUUUGCUUGCUCAUCUUGCUUGUGAAAAGGGAAUAUGGGGUCCCCAUCUUAUCGUGGUCCCAACAAGUGUCAUGCUUAAUUGGGAGACUGAGUUUCUCAAAUGGUGUCCUGCUUUUAAAAUUUUAACUUACUUUGGAAGCGCAAAAGAGCGAAAGGUUAAGAGGCAAGGGUGGAUGAAACCAAACUCAUUUCAUGUAUGCAUAACCACUUAUAGGUUGGUUAUCCAAGAUUCUAAAGUUUUCAAACGCAAAAAGUGGAAGUAUCUAAUACUAGAUGAAGCUCAUCUAAUUAAAAACUGGAAGUCACAAAGAUGGCAAACUCUUUUGAAUUUCAAUUCCAAACGACGAAUUUUAUUAACUGGUACCCCCCUUCAAAAUGACCUGAUGGAGCUCUGGUCCUUGAUGCACUUUUUGAUGCCCCAUAUUUUUCAAUCUCAUCAGGAAUUCAAGGAUUGGUUUUGCAAUCCAAUUUCUGGAAUGGUAGAGGGGCAAGAAAAAGUGAAUAAGGAAGUUCUUGAUCGCCUGCACAAUGUUCUGCGCCCCUUUAUACUCCGUCGACUGAAAAGAGAUGUAGAGAAGCAGCUACCAAAGAAAUAUGAGCAUGUCAUAAACUGUAGAUUGUCACGAAGGCAACGUCAAUUAUAUGAGGACUAUAUUGCUAGUUCAGAAACACAAGCUACUCUUGCCAGUGGCAAUUUCUUUAGUAUGAUUAAUGUUAUCAUGCAACUUAGAAAAGUUUGUAAUCAUCCUGAUUUGUUUGAGGGUCGUCCAAUUAUCAGUUCUUUUGAUAUGGCGGGUAUAGUCAUGCAGUUGAGUUCAUCUGUAUGUUCCGCACUAUCACCUGGCCUGUUUUCUAGAGUUGACCUUAAGGGUUUAGGAUUUUUAUUCACUCAUCUUGACUUUAGCAUGACUUCAUGGGAGGGAGAUGAAGUGAGAGCUAUUGCUACUCCAUCAAGUUUAAUUAAGGGUUCUACCAAUGUGAAUAAAUCUGAGGAAAUUGGAUCUGGAUUUAGAUAUCGGAAGAGAUUGCAUGGAUCAAGUAUUUUUGCAGACAUUCAAAACGCAAUUAUGGAGGAAAGAGUAAGGCAGGCAAUGGAACGAGCAGAAGCUAUGGCAUGGUGGAAUUCCUUGAGAUGUGACAAAAAGCCAAUUUAUUCCACAUCCCUUAGGGCGUUGGUGACAAUUAGGCAUCCGGUUUAUGACAUAUGCCAUGAGAAGUCGGACCCCUCAUCCUAUUGUUAUUCCUCAAAAAUUUCCGACAUUGUCCUUUCACCAGUGGAACGUUUCCAGAUGAUGAUGGGCCUAGUUGAAAGCUUCACCUUUGCAAUUCCAGCAGCAAGGGCCCCAGCACCUCUGUGCUGGUAUAGUAGAAGCCGUUCUGAUGUGUUUCUGGAUCCAUCUUAUGAGCAAAACUGCUCUCGAUUCCUGUUUCCCCUUUUAACUCCAAUCAGGUCUGCAAUUAUUCGGAGACAAGUGUAUUUCCCAGACAGAAGGCUAAUACAAUUUGACUGUGGCAAAUUGCAGGAACUUGCUAUUCUACUUAGGAAACUAAAAUCUGAAGGUCACCGAGCAUUAAUAUUCACUCAAAUGACAAAAAUGCUCGAUAUCUUGGAGGCUUUCAUCAAUCUGUAUGGUUAUACUUACAUGCGUCUGGAUGGAUCCACUCAGCCUGAAGAGAGACAGACAUUAAUGCAACGAUUCAACACCAACCCUAAAAUUUUCCUUUUCAUUUUAUCGACUCGAAGUGGGGGUGUAGGUAUCAAUCUUGUUGGUGCAGACACUGUUAUCUUUUACGACAGCGAUUGGAACCCUGCUAUGGAUCAACAAGCUCAAGAUCGCUGUCACCGCAUAGGACAAACAAGGGAAGUUCAUAUAUAUCGUCUGAUUAGUGAAAGCACCAUUGAAGAGAAUAUUUUAAAGAAGGCAAAUCAGAAGCGUGCUCUUGAUAAUCUUGUCAUUCAAAGUGGUAGUUAUAACACUGAAUUUUUCCAGAAGCUUGAUCCUAUGGAGUUGUUCUCCGGUCACAGGUCUCUUGCCAUUAAAAAUAUGCAAAAAGAAAAAAAUCAUUGCACCAAUGCGAAUGAGGUUUCUGUAUCUAAUGCAGAUGUGGAGGCUGCUUUAAAGAUUGUAGAAGAUGAAGCUGAUUAUAUGGCAUUAAAGAAAGUUGAAGAAGAAGAAGCUGUGGAUAAUCAGGAAUUUACAGAAGAAGUGAUUGGGAGGAUGGAAGAUGAUGAGUUUAUGAAUGAUGAUGAAAUGAAGCUUGAUGAAGGUGGGGAUCAAAUUAGUGGCAUGAUUAUAUCAAACAAAGAUAAUGAGGCAAUAAUACACGGAGCUAAUGAUCUUAAUGAAGAGAGAGCUGUAAUUGUAGCUAGCAAAGAAGAUGAUGUUGACAUGCUGGCAGAUGUCAAGCAAAUGGCGGCUGCAGCUGCUGCAACUGGACAAACUAUCUCGUCCAUUGAUGACCAACUACGACCAAUUGAUCGGUAUGCAAUACGUUUUCUGGAACUGUGGGACCCUGUACAUGAUAAAGCGGCUAUGGAGUCUGAUGUCCAGUUUGAAGAAACAGAAUGGGAACUGGAUCGUCUUGAGAAGUAUAAAGAGGAGAUGGAAGCUGAGAUUGAUGAAGACGAGGAACCUCUUGUAUAUGAAAGCUGGGAUGCUGAAUUUGCAACUGAAGCAUAUAGACAGCAAGUUGAGAUCUUGGCACAACAUCAGUUGAUGGAGGAUUUGGAAUUUGAAGCUAAGCGGAAAGAAGCAGAGGAGGCUGAAAAUUGUGAUCCUACAAGGAAUGCAACACAUAGUGAACUAAAACCAAAGGCUAAAAAGAAAUCAAAGAAAGCCAAGUUCAAAUCUCUGAAAAAGGCCUCCCUUUCUUCCGAGCUGAAAGCAGUGAAAAAAGAAGCAUCAGUGGAAUUCUUGUCUACAGACGAUGAAGAUAUAUGUAGUGAAGAUGUUCUUGAAUCUCUAUCAUCCCAAUCAAGCUUGCAGAAAAAACGCAAAAGGGCUGAGCUUAGUCUGGACAGCGAGUCAGGCAAGUCCCUGAAGAAGAAAUCUAAAAAAUUGAAGAAAAAUAUUGUGGAUACUUUCCCACAAGAUCAUCCUAAUGUGCCAGGUGUGCAAUAUGAUGAAGCUAUGGAAGUAAAACCACGGGAGAAUGGUGUUGAUCUUGAACAUAAAGUAGUUGGCCGUAAUAGAAUGGGAGGGAAAAUAUCUAUUACUUCCAUGCCAGUUAAGCGAGUUUUGAUGAUAAAACCAGAGAAACUUAAAAAAGGGAAUAUUUGGUCAAGGGAUUGUGUUCCUUCCCCUGACUUUUGGUUGCCACAGGAGGAUGCAAUACUGUGUGCAAUGGUACAUGAAUAUGGUACACAUUGGAGCAUGAUUAGUUCAACUUUAUACAGUAUGACUGCUGGUGGGUUUUAUAGAGGGAGAUACCGUCAUCCUGUUCAUUGCUGUGAAAGGUAUAGGGAACUCGUACAAAGGUAUGUUAUAUCUGCUCCAGAUAAUCCAAAUAGUGAGAAGAUGACAAAUGCUAGCUCUGGGAAAGCUCUUCUCAAAAUCACGGAGGAAAAUAUUCGAGUACUGUUAGACUUAGCUGCUGAGCAGCCUGAUAGAGAGUACUUACUUCAGAAGCACUUCACUGCCCUGCUCUCAACUGUGUGGAAGGCUAGAAUACGUGGCAACCGUUUAGAUUCUUCGCUUUCUUGGAAUGGUUUCUAUUCUGGUGCAAGGUAUUUUUCAACUGGUAACCACAUGACUCGGUAUUUUGGGAGGGAAACAACAGGUAAAUUGAAAUUUGGCAACACAGGACACAACUUCAAGUUACUAGCUGCUGCACUUAAUGAUGUUUGUUCUACAAGGAUGGAUGAUAAGAAGUCCCAAUCCUAUCAUGGGGAACGGGCAUCAGUCACUACAGAUCAGUUGGAGUUAACACUUGAGUUCCAGGGAGAGAAUGAUCUUAUCGUGCCAUUUCCAUCUUCGGUUGACUUAAUAGUAUCUGAUUCAGUUUACUUGCCCUUGGUCAACCUGGAUACAUGUGAAUCUUCUGGCGCUCGAAAGCGGACAAGAGUUGCAGAGAUGCGUUUCAGGGAUGCUGCUAGAGCUUGCAAAGAAGAUUUCCACGGAUGGGCUUCCUCUGUUUUCCCGAUAAACGAUCUCAAAUCUCGCUCUGCUUCAAAAUCACAGUCGCUGGGAAAGCAUAAGCUUGGAGUUGCUGACUCUUCUAAAUUUGCAAAAUCCAAGCAUAGGAAGACGGGACCGGACAAUGGAGAAAGUUCCCACCACCUGAUUACUGACCAUCAGAUGCCAUCACUUGUCCAGGAAGAUAACCAUAACUUAUAUUCCCUCAGUUCACCAAUUCUUACAGAUUAUUCAUUUCCAUUUGGCAUGGAUGAGUAUCCAUUCCCACAUGAAGAGCCAGGGAGUCUAGAGAUGAUUCCUCAUGAUUAUAUCCCAGGAUUGAUUUCAGGUCUCGACAUACCCAAAGAAAUUUGAUCAAGUUCCAUCCUUCAAAUUGCCAUAUAUUGCCAGCAUGAAUCUGAUCUACUUCUUUCUGGGAAUUUCAUCGAUGGAUGUUCGUUCGCAACGGUUGGGCACAGUCUUCUUGUUGGAGAAUUGAAGCAGGGUUUCUGGUGGAUGGAAAAACCGAACAUGAUGUUACCCAAUUUUUGUCUCCCUUUUCUUCUUGUUUUGUUUUUGUCAAUUGCCUUUCAAUUCUUAAAAUCAUUUAAAUCGUAUAUUUGAAAAGCUAACAACAUUAGAUCAGAUUUCUUGCAAUUCGAAUUUGAACAUGCUUCAAUGAGUUCAAGCAUUUUUAAUUACUUUUUUUAA